UAUUCUAGGGUUAGGGUUUGAGGAUUCUUUAAAUACACAACAAGACACGAAAUUUGCUCUCUCUUUCUCUCUCUUCGCACAGUCGCUUCCUCUUUCUCUCUCUAGAAUUUCAGAUUCGGUGAGAAAGAUGAUGCAGCCUGGACAUGGUAUGGCUCCUCCAAGCUUAGGACAACAGCCACCGCAGCAGUACCAGCAGCCGCCACCACAGCAACCGUACGUCAUGAUGCAACCUCAAGCGCCGCAAGCCUUGUGGGCCCAAUCUGGCCAGCCUGCUCAGCAGCCUGCCAGCGCCGAUGAGGUCCGUACUCUCUGGAUCGGCGAUUUACAGUACUGGAUGGACGAAAACUACCUCUACACCUGCUUCGGUAACACCGGCGAGGUGACAUCUGUGAAAGUGAUUAGGAAUAAGCAAACUAGUCAAUCGGAGGGUUAUGGUUUUAUUGAGUUUAAUACCCGUGCUAAUGCUGAGAGAGUGCUUCAGACAUACAAUGGAACCAUUAUGCCAAAUGGUGGCCAGAGCUUUAGAUUGAAUUGGGCUACUUUCAGUGCUGGGGAGAGGUCAUCUAGGCAGGAGGAAGGUCCUGAUCAUACGAUUUUUGUUGGAGAUUUGGCUGCGGAUGUUAGUGAUUACCUUCUUCAGGAGACUUUUAGGGCUCGUUUUAACUCUGUCAAGGGGGCGAAAGUUGUGAUUGAUAGACUUACUGGUAGGUCUAAGGGUUAUGGUUUUGUGAGAUUUGCUGAUGAGGGUGAACAGAUGAGGGCUAUGACUGAGAUGCAAGGGGUUCUUUGUUCGACAAGGCCAAUGAGGAUUGGACCAGCCACUAAUAAGAACCCGGCUGCCACCACUCAGCCUAAAGCCUCAUAUCAGAACCCUCCUCUAGGUGGACAAAGCGAGAAUGAUCCUAAUAAUACAACUAUUUUUGUUGGCAAUUUAGAUCCUAAUGUCACCGAUGAUCAUCUGAGGCAAGUAUUCAGCCAAUAUGGUGAACUAGUUCAUGUGAAGAUUCCAUCAGGCAAGCGAUGUGGGUUUGUCCAAUUUUCCGACAGGAGCUGUGCAGAAGAAGCAAUACGAGUUCUAAACGGAACUCUAUUGGGUGGACAAAAUGUGCGUCUUUCAUGGGGUCGUACUCCCUCAAACAAACAGACUCCACAAGAUCCAAACCAGUGGGGUGCUGCUGCAGGUGGUGGAUACUAUGGUUAUCCUCAGGGUGGUUAUGAAAAUUAUGGUUAUGCUGCUGCUCCUGCUGGACAAGAUCCCAAUGUGUAUGGAAGUUAUCCGGGUUAUGCUGGUUACCAACAUCCCCAGCAGCAACAACAGCAAAUGGGAUAUAGCUAAGAUCUCACUGCAAUAUAUAUGUCCAUUGUGACUGUACUGUUCUGAUGGAGUUGCUUUUUCCCUUGUGGAAUAACUUACCUCUCCCCCCUUUGAUUGCUAGAAACAUUUAAAAUUUUCAAAACUGGCUCUUGUAUCCCUUUAAAUAUGCUUGCUGAUUUCUUUUUGGUGUUUAGAUUUGAUUACAUUGGCUAUCUGUUGUCUGUUAAAUUAUUUCAUGUUUGCUGAUCAUAUUGAUUUUUAGGUCGGCCUUGGUUUCUUA